ACUUCAACUAACCCAACAAAGCUACUGCUAACUACACAAUGCAUUUCUAUAUAAUGCACAUCUUUUUUCAUCAACAUCACAACAACAAAUUGAUCAGAAAACAAAAAACAUUAUAACAACAAAAGAAAGAUUCUAAGCAUGGCUUUGGAAAAGAUCUUUUGGCAACUUACCUUAACUCUUUCCGUUCUCAUCCUCUUCACCCCAAAUGCUAGUCUAGCCCAAAAGGGCACAAUGAAUGUAAUCGAUAAAUGCUGGAGAUCGAACCCUCAAUGGCGAAGAUACCGCCAUCAGCUCGCCACCUGUUCCGUCGGCUUUGUAGGCAAGAUGACCUACAAUAUUGGAAAAGGUGUCGUACAAUACGAAGUCACGGAUUCAAGCGAUGAUCAUUUGAAACCCAAACCAGGGACACUGAGAUAUGGUGCCACAUUGAUUCCAGGGAAAGUGUGGAUCACUUUCAAGAGGGACAUGAACAUCAAAUUCUCAAAACCCCUGCUGAUCAGCAGUUUCACCACCAUUGAUGGCCGCGGCGUCAACGUUCAUAUAUCAGGUGGUGCAUGCCUGAUAGUGUACAAGGUAUUUGCUUCUUAUCACUAAUCACUAUCAAUUCUAUGUAUAUACACAAAUAGACAUUUUGCUGAUUGGUAUGUAUAAUUUUUGUCUGCGAUCAGCAAAGCAACAUUAUCAUCCAUGGCCUAAGAAUCCAUCACUGCCAGCCCCAACCAGCUAGCUCUGUCAUAGGACCAGAUUCAAAGAUUAUGCAGCUAGGAUAUGUUGAUGGAGAUGCAAUUAGGUUGGUCACAGCAACAAAGGUUUGGAUAGACCACAAUACACUCUAUAAGUGUCAUGAUGGUCUCCUUGAUGUCACCCGGGGAUCUACUGAUAUUACCAUCUCCAACAACUGGUUUAGAAACCAGGACAAAGUCAUGCUUCUUGGACACGAUGAUGGGUUCUUGAGAGACAAGAGCAUGAAGGUGACUGUCGCGUUCAAUCACUUUGGACCCAACUGCAACCAGAGAAUGCCACGGUAAUUGUUCAAUCUCAUUCUCUUGGU